CCUUUGUUGGACUCAGUCUUAGAGCUUGAAAAAAAGUCCGACCGAGAGCUCUGACCUGCCUCGUCCCUUCUGAGUUCUGGCGGCUCUCCCGCUUGGUCACUCCUGCUUCCUUGCCGUUCGAGAGCUAUCUGACACCUGAACGGAGUUCCAGUUCCUCUAUCGGCCUGAGGGCAUUGGGUUUCUUGAUGGGAGACAGCAGGAGGCACGAACCGUGGGUUAUCCUCCAACCGGAUGGCUGGCUGCGCAGGCCUGCGUUGGGAUUGAACAGCCUGAUGCAGAUUCCCGAUAAGAUUCAGAGCUCUCUUAAGGUGCAAUUUGGGCGUUUCUUGAACAAGGAUGGUGCUGUCCGCCGCAUGAGUGCUGAGAUAUCGUCAGAGAAAGCGAAACAGUCGUGUUCUGCUGCUGCUUCCGCGGAGGUUCGCUUGGAUAGGCAUCUCCAAGCUUGGUGGGACAAUCCUAGCUGGACCGACGAGCCACCAGAAAUAAAGGUGAAUGUACCAGAAGGAUCCCUUUGCAACCUCAAUCUGAGAUUUAAGGCCGGAUUACCACCAGAUGCAGUAUACAAUAUCAUAAUUGAUCCAGAGAACAAAAGGGUGUUCAAGAAUAUUAAGGAAGUAAUAUCAAGGAAAGUCUUGCUCGACGAAGGAUCAAGACAAGUAGUCGAAGUGGAGCAGGCAGCAAUCUGGAAGUUCCUCUGGUGGUCUGGCACCUUUUCCGUUCAUGUUUUUGUUGAUCAGAACAGAAAAAAACACACUGUAAAGUUUAGGCAAGGGCGAGCUGGCUUUAUGAGGAAGUUUGAGGGUUGCUGGACGAUAGAACCCCUUUUUGUUGACAAGGAAUUAUGCCUUCCUCUGAACCCACAUUCAUUGGAGGAAUAUGAAUCUUGUACUGGUGGCAGGGGGAGAGUUGGAUCUGCCAUUACUUUGGACCAGCUUAUUGAGCCUGCUCUUUUACCCCCACCACCCAUUUCGUGGUACUUGAGAGGGAUUACUUCAAGGACAACUGAGAUGCUGGUGAACGAUCUGAUAGCGGAAACUGCUCGAUUGCGCACCAUCUCAAACAACGCGAAUGCCAAGCAAGGUACUGAAGAAACCGGUGAUGCUAACAUAGGUGAUCCAGUUAGAGAGUGUGGUGACAUUAAGGAAAGGUGGCGACAGAGAAGAAAAAGUGGACGUCAUGGAUCAUCCCUUAGAUUAACAAGUCGAUUCUUGUAAGAUAAGCUAUGAAGCAGUGCUCAUUUUAGGACCCGUUUUACCUGUAUCUUAGUUUGUAAGGUUUUGGUUGUAGGUAACAUUGUGUAAGAUGUCUCUUUGUGAACAUGUAGAAGCUAGUUGUUCAAUACUUAUAUAUGUUUUAUUUAUAUGAAUAAAGGUUUACUUGCUCCAA